GGGAUAGCCUAAGUUUAGACCCGGCGACGAGACUCCGGCUGAGUUCAGUGCGGGACCAUCAUCCUCUCGAAGCACUUUCUCCGCGUCGGACGAGCUCAUCUCGUGUCCGGAGUCUCGCCGCGUCGCUUCAAGAGUCGAGAACGGCUCACCGUGCGCGGAGUAAAGAAACACGUGCGGGAGUUCAGCCCUUAGUCCACGGCAGAAGAGAGGAGAGACACAGAGAGUGUCCUACGUGCGAAGAUCACGAUGACGACGUACACCUGGGAUAACCGCGUCAAUUUCAUAGUGAAGCUCCUGUAUGAUAUAGACAACAAUGGGCAGCUGGACAAGCACGACUUCGAAUGCAUGGCGUUGCGAAUGACGUUGAUGGAAGGCAAGGGCGAUUUCAAUUCCAAUCGAUUCCAGGAAAACCAGCACAUUAUGCUCUCCUUAUGGGAGGAAAUAGCCGACCUGGCGGAUUUCGAUAAGAACGGCGUUGUAACGAACGAGGAAUUCAAGAAAGCCGUGCAAAAAAGUUGCGUCGGUCGCGCCUACAAAGAUUUCCCUCAGGCCAUGAAGAUGUUCAUCGAUACUCACUUCAAGAUACUCGAUAUAAACGAGGAUGGAGUGAUUGGUGCCGAGGAGUUUCGAUACGACUGCGUCUCAAGGAUUGCCGUGGAUAACGUAGAGAUCUUGGAUAAAGCUUAUCAGAGUCUUCUGAACGAUGACGACAGGAAACGCGGAGGCUUGAAUUUGUCGCGUUAUCAGGAAUUAUACGCGCAGUUUCUCGGCAAUCCCGCCGACAACUGCUCGGCGAUCUAUCUCUUCGGACCAGUGAUGCAAGAAUCGUAAUCCAAGAACCCGUUGUUCACAAAACGAUAUAAAUCCUCACAUCUUGUACAAAAGACAUAUACGUGUAUCUAUAUAUAUAAUGUAUUUAAUUUAACGUCUGUAUUAAAUCUCGUAGAGAAAACUAUUGUAAUAAAUCGGAUAUUUUAUCAUAA